UACGUUAUUUUUAUGAUGGUCUUCUUCGUCGUAAUUCCUAUUCUUCGAAAAUAUUUACAAAUUUUUAUAGAUACCGAUACAAAAAAUGACUCAACUGAAAACUUUCUUCGAAAGACACACAAAGAGCCAACGAACACUCUCCAAUAUAGUCGCGCAUUACUAUUUUUUAUACCAUCUAGGUACCUACCUGAAUUUCAAACAUCGUGAAAAAAUGGAUUUUAAAAUACAAGUAGUGUUUUUUUCAAUUUUUCUUUUCUUCAAAAAUUCGUACUCGAACUCAGUUCAGAAAAAACACGUGGUCUUGAUUGUUGCCGAUGAUUUGGGCUGGAACGACAUCAGCUUCCAUGGUUCCAAUCAAAUCGUGACACCAAACAUAGACAUUCUCGCAUAUAGUGGUAUCAUCUUACAAAAUUACUAUGUUAUGCCAGUAUGUACGCCAUCUCGAUCAGCUCUUAUGACUGGGAUCCAUCCUAUUCACACAGGAAUGCAAGAAGGUGUUAUCCACAAUGGUCAACCUUUUGGCUUACCUUUGAACUUGAAAAUACUGCCAGAAUACCUCAAAGAAUACGGCUACAAAACCAGAGCAGUUGGCAAAUGGCAUCUGGGAUUUCACGAGAAAGUCUACACACCAACAUAUAGAGGUUUCGAUUCGCAUUUUGGAUACUGGGGUGGAAAGGACGACUAUUACACUCAUAAAAACGGAAUUGGGAUUUACGACGGACUUGACUUGAGGAGAAACAUGAACGUUACCUGGAAUUACACAGGGCAAUACUCAACAGAUAUUUUCACUCAAGAAUCGGUCGAUAUAAUAAAUUCACAUAACACUUCUGAACCUUUGUUCUUAUACUUGGCUCAUCAGGCUGUUCAUACAGGAAAUCAUAAACAUCCUCUUCAAGCUCCAUCAGAAAUCGUCCAAAAGUUUAAAUAUAUCAAGAACGAACAAAGAAGGAUACUUGCAGCCAUGAUUUGGAAACUUGACGAAUCAGUAGGUAAAGUAGUUCAAGCUUUGGCAAGCAGGAAUAUACUUAAUGAUACGAUUAUAAUAUUCACUUCGGAUAAUGGUGGUCCAGUUGUUGGUAUGGAAGGAAGUCAUGCAUCCAAUUGGCCUUUAAGAGGUGCAAAGACCACCUUUUGGGAAGGAGGAGUACGUGGAGCUUCCUUUGUCUGGAGUGCAGAUCUACCUCAUUCCAAAGUAUCGCAUACAUUAAUGCAUAUUCAAGACUGGCUUCCAACUAUAAUAGGAGCAAUCGAUGGAAACAUUGUCAACAAUUCUACUCUAUUGAAAGAACUCGAUGGACAUAACAUGUGGCCAAUAUUAAAAGGUGAAAAAAAUUUUGAAUAUGAUGAACUUAUAAUUCAACGAGGAAAUAACACGUCCGCUUUGCGCAAAAACAAUUGGAAAAUAAUAUCAAUGGAUAAAUUGCCACUUCACAGUGAAUGGGCUGGUCCAAGUGGACGGGGUAAAUAUUACAAGUACAAUAUAACAGAAAUACAGCACAGCCCUUCAGCUAUAGCUCUUUAUCAAAACAAUUUCACAAUUCCAUCUGAAGAAGAAAUAAUCGAAGUACGUGCCAACGUUACACUCUCAUGCACUUACUGCGGCGACAAUGGAACCGAAUGCACCCCUUGCUCCCAAUCCCUACACAGUGUAACCGUAUGCCUGUUUGAUGUAUCCAAAGAUCCCUGCGAGAAAAACAACUUGGCCUACAAAUACCCAGAUAUUGUGACUGAUUUGAUGGAAGAAAUGUCCAAGUAUGUUCCAGUUUCACCUUUAAACGAACCACGCGAUCCUAGAUGUAAUCCAAUGUUUUGGAAAAACACAUGGACUAAUUGGAUGGACUAUGAGCCACAAAAUUCAUCAAUUAGUAGAAAAUUCUGACAUAUAGAGAGACAUCAAAAAAAUUUGAAAAGUCAACUUGAUGCGAACAAAAUGAGAUACUUCAAUAAUGUAUAAUUAUAUUGUAAGCAUGAUUUUAUAAUAAAUGCAAUAUUUUUUCAAA